UGGAACAGUCCUCCUCUAAUGAGCAGAUUUGAGAGACACCAGAGAGAGAGAGAGAAAGAGAGAGAGACCCAACCAUAAGGAGAGAAGGGGGGAAUAAGGCAACAACUGAAAAGGCAGAUAGCGAUACAUAAAAAUUAAGAGCAUGGCGCAUUAAGAGGAGGAAAAGAAGAGAUAAAUCUGGAUUUCUCACCAGGAAGGGAACAAGAAUAAAAGCAUCAGCAUCGCUCAACCACUUAAGGACGUGGAUGAAAAAAGAGAGAGGGAAAGGGAAAAGAGAGGAGGAAAAUAAUCAGAUCACUUGUUUUUUUCCAUGGUCCGUGUGCGCACUUGCUGUUGGUGAGAGUGUACGUAUGUGUGUGUGCAUAUGGGAAGAGACUGCAUUGCUGUUCACUAGCAGAGGCAUCAGGAGAGAAACAAGCUGAAUCCCUCUUUUUUCUUUCUCUCUCUCUCUGUUUCUGUAUUGCACUGUGCGGCAGGAGCAUGUUGGGUGGGUUGGGUACAGACGACAAGCUGAGCCAGCCAAAAGAGAUGGAUCUGUAAAGCUGUAAAUGGUGUCGGAUCUGGCCAGCGGCUGACUGUUAGCUGUGUUACCUGGGGUUUCUAGGUGGAGCCUGGUGGUGCUCAGCUGCCAGGGAGCGCUAAAGAGCGGCUGGGAGAGUGCCGGAGGUGGGGCCCUGCGUGGAGGGAGGGGGCCAGAACCCAAAACCCGGAGAAGGAAGGUUUUCUGCAUUUGUGUCAGUAGGGAAGACACAUGGCUGCCAUAGGCCUUUUCCCAUUUGUGAGCUGUGACUGUAGGAGAUUGGACUGGGAGUGUCAGUGAACCACAGCUCCAGGAGAAUGGUCUGAAGAGGCUCCCGCUGCUCCGGCCUCACAAGAGGGACCCUACAAUCUGGGGGCUACUUUUCUUUUUCUUCUUUAAGUCAACCCAGGGGAUUUGUAUGUGUGUCUUCCUCCCCCUCACACCUCAUCAUCACCAACUCCGCCCCCAACUGUGUUUUUUCUUUUUUUGAGAUUUGGGGGAUUUGCCAAAACCUAUUUCAUGCAUGUCCACUGGGGGCAGGUUCAACUUUGAUGAUGGGGGGUCAUACUGUGGCGGGUGGGAGGAAGGCAAAGCCCACGGCCAUGGCAUCUGCACUGGGCCGAAGGGCCAAGGCGAGUACUCAGGGUCCUGGAGCCAUGGUUUUGAGGUGGUGGGGGUGUACACCUGGCCCAGUGGGAACACCUACCAGGGCACCUGGGCACAGGGCAAGCGCCAUGGGAUUGGUGUUGAGAACAAGGGCAAGUGGGUGUACAAGGGGGAGUGGACAAGUGGAUUUAAAGGGCGCUACGGCCUCAGGGAGAGCACCGGCACCAGCGGGAAGUACGAGGGGACCUGGAACAACGGUCUUCAGGACGGAUACGGUACGGAGACCUACUCUGAUGGAGGUACGUACCAGGGCCAGUGGCUGGGGGGGAUGCGACAGGGAUACGGCCUGCGGCAGAGUGUGCCGUACGGCAUGGCAGCCGUCAUCCGCUCUCCGCUGCGUACCUCCAUAAACUCCUUGCGCUCGGAGCACAGUAACGGGAUGUCUCUGCUCCCGGACCGGGCCGGCGUGGCGUGCGUAGGUGGGAUGGGCUCCGCUGGCAGUCCGGCCGUGUCGCGGGGGGGCUUUGUGCUCACGGCACACAGUGAGGCAGAGCUGCUGAAGGGCAAGAAGAAGGGUCUGUUCCGAGGUCGCUCCAUCCUCAGCGGACUCAAACUGAGGAAGUCCGAGUCCAGGAGCUCUCUGGCCAGCCAGCGCUCCAAGCAGAGCUCGUUCCGCAGCGAGGCGGGCAUGAGCACGGUCAGCUCAGUCAACUCCACCAUCAGCCUGGGAGAAGGCGAGGCCGAACUGGCCGCUGCCGAGGACGAUGUGGACGCCACGGCAACAGAGACCUACUGCGGUGAGUGGAAGAACGACAAGCGCACAGGCUUUGGCGUGAGCCGGCGCUCGGAUGGCCUGCACUAUGAGGGGGAGUGGGUGGGAAACAAGCGGCACGGGUACGGCUGCACUACCUUCCCUGAUGGGACCAAGGAGGAGGGCAAGUACAAGCAGAAUGUCCUGGUGAGCGGCAAGAGAAAGAACCUGAUCCCCCUCAGAGUCAGUAAGAUCAGAGAGAAGGUGGACCGGGCUGUGGACGCGGCCGAGAAGGCUGCAGACAUCGCCAAGCAGAAGGCUGAGAUCGCCAUGUCCAGGACAGCCCAUGCACGAGGGAAGGCGGAAGCGGCCAUGGGAGCAGCCCAGAAGGCCCAGGAAGAGUGUCGCCUCGCCAGGGUCACCGCCAAAGAGUUCUCCCCCUCCUUCCAGCACCGCAAAAACGGAGUAGAGGUCCAAAGGGCAAAGCAUCAGAACUCCAGUGAGAACGACAUUGAGGUGGUCUCCAGUGGCACAGGGCCAGACAGUCCUGAACUCUACAUGAAGGGCACUACGCCCCCAAACUUGACCCCUGACCUUAGCCCUGAGGCCAGCCACCCCUCCUCACCCCCCUGCAGCCCUGCAACCACCAAGCCACACUGCACCAAGAACGCUCGCUUCCUGCGGCAGAGUGCUGUGGACGAUGCUGGGGGUGGUGGCGGUGGGGGAGGGGGCAGUAGUGGGCAGGAGAUCCAGGUGCUGAUGGAGGGGCGCGGAGGGGGGGAGUACCUUAGGGCCAACAGCUGGAGUGAGGACAAGGACAAGCGCUCUUAUAAAGGGGGCAGCUGGGGCAGAAGUCGCUCUACCACCUCCUCUAUCCAAGAGGAGGCCAGGGGCAGCGGGCGCACCAACGGCCACGGCCACAAGCACGCCUCCUCCAAUCACAAGUCUCGAGAGCAUGGUUCGUCCAAUCACAAGGCCUCCAGGGACCGGUGGUCGGACUGCCCGUCAGCAUCGUGGAGGUCCCAGCGGACGCACAGCGGUGACACACGGCUGCUGGAGCAGGAUGAGGAGAAGCUGAGCAACUACGAGAUGGAGAUGAGGCCGCUGCAGCCGAUGGACUCCAACUCCCAGAAGCCCUAUGGGCUGGGAGAGGAGGGCCAUGGUCACGGGGGCGAAGCCCACUCCCACACGCUGCAGAAACAGCGGCCUAGUAAGAGCCGGGAGGCCAGGGAGGGCCGAGACAUGGAGGCGGCACGGCCUUCAGGGGCGCGGGAGGGUAAGGAGGGUAAAGAGGGCAAGGAGGGACCGGCCCCAGACUCAAUGCAAAAGAUGGACAGUCUGCGCAAGGAGGACAAGCUGGAGGCUCGGCCUCUGCGCAGGGAUCUCACCCUCUCCCCCCCACAGAAAUCCUCACCCAUUGCACUAGAACACAACGAUGACAAGACACUGACCCAGCUCAAAGCAAACUCGAGCUCCAGCUCAAUUCUGGUCGUCAUGGUGAUUUUGCUCAACAUUGGAGUCGCAAUUUUGUUUAUCCACUUUUUUAUUUAAAAAUGUAUUACCUAUUGAUUCCUUUUAUUAUUAUACAUUAUUAUGAGUAUUAUCAUGACUAUCAGUAUCCAGCCCUUGACCAUUUGACACUUCUGUAAAGAAUACAGUAAGAGGAUAAACAAUAUGGGAAUACAGAUGGUUCCCAAUGCCCAGAUUUUAGAUAAGCAGUUAUCUGCAAAACAUUUUGGAUUUAAUUAUUUCUCUUCCUGAAAUUACCUGUUUUUCUUCUUAAAUCAUAGUUUAAAAACGUAUAAUUAAAAUGAUUCAUUUGCUCACGUAUGACAUGUUAAUAUAUAUAAUUUUUUAUUCCUUAAUUGCCUUUUCUCUCUGUUGAUGUUGCUGAUGUUCUUUUGAGUUUGUUUGGGGUGGUAGACUCAGAUGAGUGGUGGCACUGCUUGUAUGAUGGUGUUGUGGGUCAAAUGAGGCAGAAAAUAAUGUAUCUACUCCGGUUGUGACUGUGUCCACCUGACCUGGGUUCAAAUACUAUUUAAUAAUAUUUUGAAAUACUGUAUCUGUGCUUGAUUGAGCUUACCUGUUGCAAUGGAAACAAUAGAAAAGUCCCAAAAGUGCAAAACCAUGCCUACCUGACAGUCGAGGCAGGCUAAAGCAAAUGCUGAAAGUAUUUGAAAGAUUUCAAGUAGUAUUUGAACACAGGUGUUGUCCACCCAGUAAUACAAGGUUCAAAGGGAUGGGAAACGGCCCCCUGUCCCCUGUCCUACCCAGUGCCCUCCGAACCCUCCCCCUCCUCUCCCCCUGCACAUAUCACCCUUCUGGCACGUUGUUCCCCUUCACGAUUAUAAGUUCAGCCUCUCACCACCCAUCCUUCCCUUUCCCGGUAGUCCACUCAUGACAUCACACCAUAUCCUGUUACCCUCUUUUCCUUGUUUCAUGUAACUCUCCUUUCAUUUUAUACCCCACCGUGCUCCCCAAAUCCUAACAACCAACCAUUUUCACCAAGACUUCAUUUUAUACCCCACCGUGCUCCCCAAAUCCUAACAACCAACCAUUUUCACCAAGACUUCAUUUUAUACCCCACCGUGCUGCCCAAAUCCUAACAACCAACCAUUUUCACCAAGACUUCAUUUUGUAUUCUUCUUUCAUGAAAAUAUGACAAAAUAAAAAUAGGGCUGCGAAAAAACUUUUGCAACUACAGAAUCUGGUCAGCAACAGGACAUGUUUACAAUCUGAAAAACCAGGAUGACCAAUACAAAAUUGCCUCUAACAACUAUAACACCAUACCUAUCUAUUUUAGUAAACCGUUUGUAAAUUUAGCAACUUGGGUUACCAAGAUUGAAAAAUGCGCAAGGAACAACUCUUUAUCAACUCUAAUCCGUCUGCAACCAGAGUUGGAAUAGUUCUGUCUGAAAGGACUUCAUCCAGGUCACUAUUGUAAAAGAUUCUCUCUAUAGUCUACAACAAAAGUCUGUAAUGUAAAAGAUUCUCUCUAUAGUCUACAACAAAAGUCUGUAAUGUAAAAGAUUCUCUCUGUAGUCUACAAAAGUCUCUAAUGUAAAAGAUUCUCUCUAUAGUCUACAACAAUUCCAUGUACACAACAGGUACAAUACUCAUGCACGUCUAUCCAGUGGAGUGAUAAUACGCUAGAUUUGUAUAAAAUAUUGACAUUCCAACCAACUUUAUCAGUAUCUCUCUGGCCUUUAAUGUACAGGUUGAACUUCAUAGGAGGACUAUAGGGCAUGACAUUCUGUCAGUUGUCAUCUAAUGGCCCCUACAGAGGUCUCUCUCUCUCUCUCUCUCUCUCUCUCUCUCUCUCUCUCUCUCUCUCUCUCUCUCUCUCUCUCUCUCUCUCUCUCUCUCUCUCUCUCUCUCUCUCUAUAUAUAUAUAUAUAUAUAUAUAUAUAUAGUAUAAUGACUAAAGGUUUCUACCCAAACCUCACCACACACCUGGUCUGGAGCCACUGGCUGGCCGUACAAUAAGAGACUGGUGUGCCCAAGUACAAGUUCAGAGACUGUUAUGUUUCAAACUGCUGCUUUCAAAACAACGAUUUCCCAAGACAGAAAAAAUCAUCAACAUUUUUAGCUAUUUGCAAGACGUCUGAAAAAACGCCAACUGCCUUGUUUUAUAAAGUAAGAAAAAAAAUAUAUUCUAAAAUGCAUGGUCACGUAUGUUUUAGAUUUGUAUACAUUUUUUUGAAAAAACAAAAAACAAAAAAAGAAAACAUUUUUAAAAUGUCAUCCCAAUGAGGAAAGGUUGUCUUUUACGGGCUUUGCCAAGUUGCUCUUAGUUGUGAGCAAGCAGAACCUUUCCAGGUGUUGUCCAGUACUGUUCUGAGAAGCAGAAUCUUCCAUAGGAUAGCCUCGGCUGGCGCUAUAGUACGGUACAGUAAAGGAGUCAGACACAGUAUACUGCAUCCCACUACUUCUCCAUGACAAAGCUCACAUCUUAGACGUAACUAAACAAGAGAGAAAAAAAACAAACAGACAAACUAAGAGAGAAAUGUUUUGUUUAUCUUUUAUAGCUGGCUAACUAACUCAAAGACUCUGAGACAUUUAUAGCAUGUCUGUAAUGGGCUAGUACUCCCUCCUGAUUGUCCUGGUCCUCCAGUCAGUAAUCAUUCACAAUCUACAGUAUGUGUGCUCUCUUCUCUUCCUCCCAUACCUCUCCGUUUCUCUAUCCAGCAAAGUCAAAUAGAGCUGCCGAUGUGAAGGAAUGAAAGCUGGGGCCAAAUGCUUGGAGUUAUAUUUUUCAAGAACGUUUGCGCCAGUGGAGGCUGCUGAGGGAAGGACGGCUCAUAAUAAUGGCUGUAACAGAGUAAAUGGAAUUGCAUCAAAGACAUGGAAACCAUGGGUUUGAUGUAUUUUAUACCAUUCCACUAUAUCCGCUCCAGCCAUUACCACGAGCCCAUCCUCCCCAAUUAAGGCGCCACCAACCUCCUGUGGUUUGCUCCCCCAGUCUUGACUUACUGAGGUACUGUUGGAAACUGGACUGAUACUGUAAGAUGGUUAAGGCAUAUUAUGAGAAAUGGUUCACUGAUUCAAAGAAUAACUAUGAAUAUUGGUCCAGCGGGUCUUGAUGCUGAGAGGUGAUCUACCUGGUACCCAUCACCUUGAGAGCCCAUCGCAUGCCCAAGCAUGCCCAGUUCUUUUUUUCUCUCCUCUUCUCUUUCAUUUAUUACCUUUUUGGGGGUUUGUUUGUUUUUGAGUUAUGUGGAGAAAAUAAUGAAAGUGUUUGAAAGAAAA